UUUAAAUCCACCUAUUUCACGAAGCCCAAACUUCUGAGAUUCAUAAUCAAAGAUAACGACAUCUAAUACUGGUUAUCAAUUCGUACUUUAUUUUUUAGAGAAUACCAGCCAGCACCUCUACAUAUAUCUAGACCAACUCGGUAAUCAACUCCGAGCGGCUGACCUCAUAUCCUGCAUAUAACUGAUUCAUAUAUAAUUUUUGACAUUUUGCUUACCCCAGAGCCACUUCAAUACCCCGACUCUUCUCUACCCCUCGAUUAUCUGAGAACAUGUCUAGUUUAUCGGUUGAAGACGUGGUUCUCAAUGCAGAACCAAACUUGACUACUGCGCUAUUAAAAAGCGUCUACGCCUCCACGGUGUGUAUCAUCUGCCAGGAAAUGAUGCACAUUCCGUUCUCCACCACCUGUGGACACACCUGCUGCUACGAGUGUUUAAACGAAUGGUUGACCCGGCAGCCCCAGUGCCCCCAUUGCCGCACCCCCAUCUUGAAAGAGCCGGUGUUGAACCGAUCCAUCCAAAGCGUGGUUGAAAGCUUCGUGGAGACCGCUAAAAUCAUCAAUACUAAUAUUACGGAGCAGAUUGAAGCCGAAAUCGAAGCGGUGAAGAAGGUCUACGAGCAUGACCGCGUCAAAAAGAUUCUUUUCAAAGAGAUAUUCUCCAACGCCACGACGUGUGUGAUUGACCGCUCGGACGGCGUUCCGCGAUGCGGCAGCUGCCACUGGGAGGCCCACGGGACACAAUGCUUGAACUGUGGCGUGCGGUUCACCAUUGCCCCCGAUGAGGAAGACUACUACGACGGCGAGGAAGCGUAUGAUGAGGACCACUUAGAGGGUUCCAGUAGCGACCACCCGCUUCCCGGAAGCAGCAACUUUAUGGACGCGAUCCAACGCCACAUGCUGCGGAGGUACCGUGAUAACGACGAAGACGACGAAUCUGGGGCCAGUUUUAUUGAUGACCGAUCGGACUUGUCUGAGGUCGACAGUGACCAUGUACUAGAUAGCGAGGACGAAGUGGGUGAAUCGUUGAACGAGAUCCGGACGGGCAUUCUGGAAAUGGAGGAAUCUACCCAAAAUUUCCGCGACUGGUUGAGCACAAACGAUAGUCCGAGAGUCCCCCGCGCGAUUAUCGAGGACAGUGACUCUGAAGAAAGCGAAGAUGAUAUCAAUGCCUCGCUCAGAAGGAGUUUGGGUGGUCCGAGAAAGAGAGUGUGUCUAGCGUCGGAGGAUGAGGAACAUAUGGAUAGUGAAGAUAACGAGUCUGACAGAAGACCAGGCAGAAGGAGACCAUUACACCUCGUUUCUGAUGAGGAAGACGAGGAGAAUGGUAGUGACCUAGGUGAGGAUGAGGAGAACGUGAAUACAUUUGCUGAGCUAAGCGCAGAGGAGGAUGUUGAGCGCUCUUCGGAUGGGGAACUUUCGGAUGAAAGGUGGUGAGCAACGCUGCUCAAUCAGUGGGCUAUAUUUUGCUGUGAGCUGCCGUUAACAAUUUAUUCGGAUAUGCUCAGAUGAAUGUAUUAUGAAGAUUUGCUCUAAUGACGAAAUUUACUCCAGAUUAUCAUAAAUAUGGUAAAGCCUUUUAUCCAUCUGUAAGAUAGCCAGGUCGGAAAUUGAAAUCCAAAGAUAAUUAAUCUUAUUUAUUUCCAUUAAUCUCCAUCCGUUUUCAUUCAUUCUCAACUUGGUGCCGCUUUAAGUUGACCUCUCGUGGGUAACGCAUGUCAACGUAUAAUAGCAAAGGUCGUGCACCUACGAAGCAUAACUGUCGCACCGUUUGUGUGCAUAUAGCCGGCCUGUACACUAAACUCACCUCUUUUUUUUC